GCCGCCCCGCACUCGGGCGAGCGCGGUAGCCGCGCAAUCAGACGGAGCGCGCCCGGCCGAGCGGGCCAUGGCCGCGGGGGCCGCCGCCGCAGGUGGUGGCGCUCAGUGAGGCGGAUGGAACGCGGCUCGGCGGGUGGGCAGUGCCGGCGUCCGCGGCUGGAAUGGUGCUGGCGGCGGCGGUCGGUGCCUGCGUUCUGAAGCCCGAGAGGAGCCACAAUGGAGACGCCGCCGUUGCCUCCCGCAUGCACAAAGCAGGGUCAUCAGAAGCCUCUCGAUUCAAAAGAUGAUAAUACUGAAAAACACUGCCCAGUGACAGUGAAUCCUUGGCACAUGAAGAAAGCUUUUAAAGUCAUGAAUGAAUUACGAAGUCAAAAUUUGCUGUGUGAUGUCACGAUUGUGGCUGAAGACAUGGAAAUCCCUGCUCAUCGAGUGGUGCUGGCCGCCUGCAGUCCUUAUUUUCACGCCAUGUUUACAGGUGAGAUGAGUGAGAGCCGAGCAAAGAGAGUCCGAAUAAAAGAGGUAGAUGGCUGGACCCUGAGGAUGCUCAUUGAUUAUGUUUACACUGCAGAAAUCCAGGUUACAGAAGAAAAUGUCCAGGUGCUUCUCCCAGCCGCUGGCCUGUUACAGUUACAGGAUGUGAAGAAGACUUGCUGUGAAUUUUUGGAAUCUCAACUUCACCCUGUCAACUGCUUAGGAAUUCGGGCUUUUGCUGAUAUGCAUGCGUGCACUGACCUCCUGAACAAGGCCAACACCUAUGCAGAGCAACAUUUUGCAGAUGUCGUACUUAGUGAAGAAUUUCUUAAUCUCGGCAUUGAACAAGUGUGCAGCUUAAUCUCAAGUGACAAACUUACCAUAUCUUCUGAAGAGAAGGUAUUUGAAGCAGUAAUUGCUUGGGUGAACCAUGACAAGGAUGUAAGGCAAGAAUUUGUGGCUCGGCUGAUGGAACACGUACGGUUACCUUUGCUCCCCCGGGAAUAUUUAGUUCAGAGGGUAGAAGAGGAAGCAUUGGUCAAGAACAGCAGUGCUUGCAAAGAUUACCUCAUUGAAGCCAUGAAGUAUCAUUUGCUGCCCACAGAACAGCGUGUAUUAAUGAAGGUGCGGACCCGACUGAGGACACCCAUGAAUCUUCCCAAAGAUGGUCUAUUAUGGCUGACUGGCCUUUGCUGUAGGUGUGACACGGUUCUCAUUAAUCAAGACCGUGAGAUUCUUGCUACUCCCACCCUGCAAGACAAGGGAUUGAAGCGGCAGAUAGGUUUGAAACGCCUGCGGAGAUACACAUCGCGUCUAAUGAGUGGUUUGACAGUACUCCAUGAAUACUUGGUGAGAGCAGCGUUGGUGUCGCGCUGUCGUGAGGCCCGGAGACCGCACGCCCCCGCUUCCUCACUUAAGAUCUUCUCUUCCGAUCCCUUACCUGGACGCUCGCGCGGAGACCACCACCUUCACCACCCAAAUUCGGUCUGGUGCCGGACCAGGAAUUCGCUUCUUCUGGCUGAGGGGUUAGGCCGGCUCCUCCUUUUGUUGUUAUUGGCUUGCGAGGCUCCUGCCCCGCCUCCUCGACGCUGUGAUUGGUCUAUACGGUUGCCGGCCUCCUGCGACUCGCGCAAACGAAUCCCUGGCGGUGCCAGCCAUUGGCGCUCCGAAUGGAGUGAGGAUAGUGAGACCGGGACGCCCAGUCAGUGA